CAGGCGCAGGCAGAUCGCAAAUCGUAGCGCAGAUCGCAGGAUGCUCGUCGUCAGCCUCAUCUCCACCGCGUACAACGUCGGUGCUGGCCUUCGGGCUGCGCCGCACGCUUCGUCUUCUCGCGCCGCCUCCACUGCCGUCUCGAUGGGAAUGGACAUCUCGGAGCUCAUCGACGACGCGAAGAAGUCGCGACUCGAGCACCUUGAGGCGCAGGCCAUCCAGUCCCUCAAGGUUGCGGUCGAUCAGUUCGAAAAGCCCGUCUUCCCGAACGCGAUGAUCGUGGGCGACUGCGUCAUCACGCACCUGCUGCACAAGAUUGACGCGCUCAAGACGGGCAAGGUCAAGAUCAUGGUGGUCGACACGUUCCACCUGCUCGACGACACGAUGCCCUUCCUGGGCAAGGUGGAGGACAAGUACGGCUUUGAGGCGGAGGUGUUUGGACCGGCCGGCCUCGAGUCCAAGCGCAACCUCUCUCCCGAGAACUUUGCCGAGUACGACAAGAAGUACGGCGCCAACCUCUGGAAGGAGGACAUCGAGCAGUACGACAAGGUGUGCAAGGUGGAGCCCUUCCAGCGCGGCCUCAAGACGCUCGGCGCCGACAUCAUGAUCAACGGCCGCCGCCGCGACCACGGCGCCGAGCGCGCCUACAUCGACAUCGCCGAGACGGUGCCCGUCAACGGCGGCCUCGCCAAGCUCAACCCGCUCGCGUACUGGACGCUCGAGGACUGCUUCGACUACGCGGCCGCGAACGGAGUGCCGCUCCACCCGUCGGUCGAGCGCGGCUACCCCUCGCAGGGCGACGCAAAGGACACCGUCCCCGUCCCAGACCCAGACGGCCUCUCUGGCGUCCAGGGCGAGGCUGGGUCCGUCAAGUGGGUCGACGGCGUCUGGACGGGCGACAAGGCCAUCUGGCUCGACUACGGCUGCGAGCGGCGCGGACGAUUCGUCAACCUGCUCAACAAGGACGGCUCCAAGAAGACGGAGUGCGGCAUCCACGUCGCGGGCGCUGAGAAGACGUUUGACCGCGACCUGUGGGACACGUCCAAGGCGGUGCAGACCCUCGCCGCGCCCUCCGACGUCGAGUCGCUGACCGCGUCGGGCAAGGAGGCUGUGGUGGUCGUGUACGCCCCGUGGUGCCAGUUCUGCCAGGCGACGAGGGGGCGCGCGAUGGAGGAGGAGUACGACAAGCUCGCCGACGCGUCGGGCCUGCCGGUGUACAAGUUCCGCGGCGACGAGGAGCGCGAGUUCGUCAAGGCCAACCUAAACACGCAGUCCUUCCCGACCAUCAACUACAUCGACGCGUCCGGCAAGGCCAUCAAGUACGAGUCCGAGGACCGCUCCGUCGGCGCGAUGGCCGAGUUCGCGAAGAGCGGCGGCAAGGUCGCCGCCUGAGCAGCAGCUGCUCGCCGCGCCCCGCCCUGCCCCGCGCGCGCGGGACAGAGCCCGAGACCCCGGUCCUCGCUGGCGCGCGCGGUGUCGGGCGCAAGAAGAAAGCGCGCUCGCGCGGACGGCGGACCACAAUUAUAGGCUCGGCCCGCAAACGCCUAAUGGUCUCGUUGAUGUUUGUACCUCGGUGUUGAACGACCUCUCCAUACCCCUGUGUCGGUCUGUGUGAUGAUUCUGAGUAAGGUGUAAGCGAGUCUCUCAACAAAUAUUAGCCGGAGUGUGG